AUGGUGCACUUCAUUCCCUGCAAGCGCACCACUGAUACUGUCAAGGUUUCUCAGCUAUUUUUCAGAGAGAUUUAUCGGUUGCAUGGGUUGCCCACUUCCAUCGUGUCUGACAGAGACACGAGUGCUUGGUUGGGGAUAAUCUACGCUCAUGGGAUCAACGGCUUAGCCAGACAGAGUUUGCGUAUAAUCAUGCUAGAAAUAGAAGCACCGGUUUUUAGUCCGUUCCAGGUUAUGUAUAGUAUUCUGUCCCGCAGCCCUGUUGAUUUAUUGACUCUGCCCUCUAAGACUCGGCUGCAUGGGAUAGCUGUUGACUUUGUUCGUAGUUUGCAACAAGUUCAUGAGGAAAUACGAGCUAAUCUGCUAGAGUCCAACCGUAAGUAUAAAGAGGCGGCUGAUCGGCAUCGACGUCCUGUUGAGUUUGACGUUGGGGAUUAUGUUUGGGCGGUACUGACUAAGGAUCGAGUGCCAUCUCAUGAGCAUUCGAAGUUAUCACCUCGUACCAUUGGUCCAGUGGAAAUUGUGGAGAAGAUCAACCCCAACGCCUAUCGCCUUCGACUUCCUCCCCAUAUACGGACUUCUGAUGUGUUUAAUGUAAAGUAUCUUUUGCCAUACCAUGGAGACAACCUGGGAGAUAGUACUAUCGGUUCUGAUUCGAGGGCGAAUCCCAUUGAUCUUGGGGAGAAUGAUGAGGUUUAUGUGGAGGAACAGGCAUUGGCAUACAUGGAACGAUUGGAUGAUCGGCUUUCAAAGAAAUUGACGUAA